CCGGGGUCGCGUCCACGUGCAGCACGACUAUAUGGACGGUAAAUUAAUGAGCAUCAUUUUAUUCUGCCGUUCGCCCUCGGAGGACCGGCCAUGUAUAAGAGGCUUCCAUCGACCGAGCUGAGCGUUCUGCUCAUCGCAAUAAAUCCGUCAUGAGGUUCUCCCAGCUCCUCUUCGGCGCCUUUGCCGUGCUGCACGGGGCCUUCGCCACCAACAAUGGCCUGCAAUCAGUCGUCGAAUGGGACAAUGGCUCCUUGCAAAUUAAUGGAGAGCGUGUGAUUGUUAUGAGUGGAGAAUUUCACUAUGCUCGUCUGCCGGUUCCUGAGCUGUGGCUCGAUAUUUUCCAAAAGUUCAGGGCGCAUGGCAUGAAUACUGUUUCGAUCUACUUUUUCUGGAGCUACCAUUCCGCAUCGAAAGGGGUUUACGAUUUUUCUACGCCUGGAAAAGACAUUCAGCGCCUCUUCGACACCGCCAAGGAAGCUGGACUGUACGUUAUCGCCAGACCGGGACCCUAUAGCAACGCGGAAACGAGUGGUGGCGGAUUGGGCUUGUGGACCAGCGAUGGAAGUGGUGGUAAUUACAGGACGUCCGAUGAAACCUACCGAAAAGCGUGGUCGGAGUGGAUUGCGGAGGUUGCCCCCAUCAUUGCAAAGAACCAGAUCACCAACGGGGGUCCCGUCAUUCUGACUCAGGUCGAGAAUGAGCUGACGCAAUCGAAGUAUGACCCCAACAAUACCCUGGUUAUCUACAUGGAGCAGAUCAAGAAAGCCUUCAAGGAUGCCGGUCUCAUCGUUCCCACGACGCACAAUGAGAAGGGCUUUCGCGGCAAGAGCUGGUCGACUGAUUACAACAACGUCGGCGGUGCAGUGGAUAUCUACGGUCUGGAUUCGUAUGCAGGUGGUCUCAGUUGUACCAAUCCCAACACUGGUGGAAGUGUCAUCCGCACCUACUAUCAAUGGUUCCAAGAGGUAUCGCCUACUCAGCCAGAGUACUUACCCGAAUUUCGCGGCGGUUGGUUCCAGGCAUGGGGCGAGCACUUCUUCGACGAAUGCCAGUCCGAACUGAGUCCGGAGUAUCCUGACGUAUUUUACAAAGGAGUCAUCGCGCAGCGUGCUACGCUCCUCAAUCUCUACAUGACUUACGGAGGUACCAACUGGGGCCACCUGGCAGCGCCUGUUGUCUACACCUCCUACGAUUACGAUGCGUCGAUCCGAGAGACCCGCGAGAUUCGUGAUAAAUACAAGCAGUACAAACUAAUUUCAUUGUUCACUCGGGUCAGCGACGGGCUCAAGAAUACUGUCAUGGAGAGUAAUGGAACUGGAAACGCUGUCAGCACCUCGGAAAUAUUCACUUGGGUACUCAAGAGCAAGGAUAGCAACGGCAGAUUUUACCUCACGGAGAAGAACGACACCAGGUCCAGGGCCGUGACCAAAUUCUCAUUGGAUGUCAACACUUCGGCUGGUCCAGUGACAAUUCCAAGUCUCCAGCUUAACGGCAGGCAGUCACGAUGGGUUGUGACCGACUAUGCAGUCGGAAACGAGACCUUGCUAUACGUAUCUGGCGAAGUUCUCACCUAUGGAAUCUUCGAUCAGCCUGUUGUGGUGUUUUAUUUGAAAGAAGGUCAAGUAGGAGAGUUUGCCUUCAAGUCGCAGAAAAAUAUCACCUUCAAGUCCUACGGCGCCGAUUCAGGUUUCGAAACUGUAUCCAGCAACAACACAAGCUUUGUCAGCUUCAAGUACCAGCAAGCCAAGGGAGCCACCGUCGUACAGCUUUCGAACGGCGUGUUGGCCUACCUUCUAGACGUACCCGCUGCUUGGACAUUUUCUGCUCCUCCUACCACAGCGGAUCCAAAUGUUUCUCCAAACCAUCAAAUCUUCGUGCUUGGUCCCUAUCUUGUCCGAACGGCGAGCGUGUCUGGCGACACUGUAUCCAUCGUCGGCGACAAUGCUAAAGCCACUACUAUUGAGGUCUACGCUGGGACGAACAUCGAUAAGAUCUCAUGGAAUGGCAAAGAAUUGGCGACAUCCAAGACACCAUACGGCAGUCUCACCGCCGAGAUUACAGGCACCGAUGAUCGCACGAUUGAUCUUCCUGAAUUGACAGGCUUCAAAGCUGCAGAUUCAGCCCCUGAAAUCUCGCCGUCUUUCGACGACAGCAACUGGAUCGUGGCGAACAAGACUACAACUUUGAACAAGGUCAAGCCAUUGACACUACCGGUGCUGUACAGUAGUGACUACAAAUUCUACGCGGGCACCAAGGUCUAUCGAGGGUAUUUCUCAGGCAAAAACGCUGCAUCUCUGAACAUCACAGUGCAAGGUGGUGCCGCAUCAGGGUGGAAUGCGUGGCUCAAUGGGCAGUUGGUCGGUUACAACCCCGGAAACAGUACACUAUGGGUGACCAAUGCGGUUGUACCUUUCAAGAACGUCACUCUGAAAGACGAGGGGAACGUCUUGACAGUCGUGACUGACUACUCUGGUCACGACCAAACAUCAUACGGACCGUCCGGUGCACAAAACCCAAGAGGUAUUCUGGGUGCACAGCUUCUGAGUGCCAACAAAACCAAGUUAAACUUUGACCAGUGGAAGAUACAGGGCAAUGCUGGCGGCGAAAAGAACAUUGACCCUGUUCGUGGGCCUAUGAACGAGGGUGGUUUGUAUGGAGAACGCCUUGGCUGGCACCUGCCUGGUUUCAACACGGAGAGCUGGUCAAGUGAAAGUCCUACUGAAGACGGAAUUCAGGGAUCAGGGAUUAAGUGGUUCACUAAAACCUUCGAUCUCAAUAUUGACAAGGACCUUGAUGUUCCUAUCGGUGUUGAGUUCGGCGCUGCCACUGGUACGGUUGCAAGAGUGCAGCUUUACAUCAACGGCUAUCAAUACGGCAAGUACUGGCCUCACAUUGGUCCGCAAACUCGCUUUCCAAUUCCACCCGGUAUCAUCAAUCUGCAAGGCUCGAACACUUUGAGUGUCUCGCUCUGGGCGCAAACAGAUGCAGGUGCGAAGCUCAGCACAUUGCGACUAAUCUCGUACGCCAGCUACGAGAGCGGGUUUGAUUUUGCCGGAAUCGAUGGGCAGCAGCUGCAGCCGGGCUGGACAGACCGAUCGCAAUACGCGUAGACGUUUCUCGAGGGUGUUGGCUAUUGAACAAUAGAUGUGAAAUGACACCUCAAAUUCGGAUCACUCGAGAGUUUUACACAAGACCGCCAACCAUUCGAUACUAUCCAAGCUCGGCCAAUCACUUGAUUCGGUUUUGCCAAUUGACGCGCCAAGUCGGUAGUGCUACCGGCUUGGUCUUGUCGAAGGGUCACACUUCUCAACACGAU